AUGUUGAGAGUACCACUCUUCCUGACUGUUUUCUUCUUACAUUGUUCUCCGUUCCAGGCUGACUCCACAGACGACAGCAGCCAAGCCAGCAUUCAGAGGAAAGCCGAAAGCAUAUCGGCGGUGAUCACAAUAAAUGGCGUCACCUGCUCCGGCUGUCAGGGGUCCUACUCUAGUCUUUCACCAGCCAGGGCCGAAGCAGAAUCCACAGUUUGUGAUGACAAUCAGCCCCCGAGCUCCCCACACUCCAGCUUCAGUGCACCAGUGCAAACGCACAAGCCAACUUCUUUUGACAGGCAAUUUUCAACGCCACCACCAAUCAAGACAAGGAUUGAGCGAAGCCGCCCCACACUGCGCCGGCAGAAAAGUCGGGGUGCCCUGCGGAGGUCCAUCAGCCAGCCCCUGGACCUUGAAAAGUCGGAUAAAAAUGACUUGGCACAGAAGGAGCAGCUUUCUCAUGGCUUGUCAGACCAAGAAGCCUCAAGAAACCCCAGCACGGCAUCUUCAGAAGAGGAUUUCUCAUCUGAUGGAGAGUCAUAUUCCCAAAUUCCCAAGGAUUACGAAGGUGUCACAUAUGUGGAGGCACUUUGGGACCACGUCACCCUGGACUCGGAGGAGCUGGCCUUUCAAGCCGGCGAGGUGAUCGAAGUGACUGACAUGUCCGACAAGGACUGGUGGUGGGGAUCAGUCGACCAGCGUCAUGGCUGGUUCCCAGCUGCGUUUGUUCGGUUACGAGUUGGCCAGGAGGACACUGUGGAGGAUUGCAUCACAAAGAUGGCGGAUGGCACGCUCACACAACACAAGCCCCGUAAAAUGAGCAUUGGCUUGUUGAGCAAUGAGGAGGUGCGUGCCAAGGUUGUCAUGGAGAUAGUCAACACUGAACGAGACUUUGUGCGGCACUUGAAGGAUGUUGUUCAGGGCUACCUGGCACAAGUCCGACGGAGGCCCGACAUGUUCUCCGAGGAGCGUCGGGCAACCAUCUUUGGGAACAUUGAGCAGCUGUAUGAAUUUCAGAAUAGCUUCCUGAAGCACCUUGAGUCAUCCAUCGACUGGGAGCAGCCACAUCUAAGUCAGAUUGGAGGAGUCUUUCUAGAGCAUAAGCAAGAAUUUAAAAUCUACUCGGAGUACUGCAACAACCACCCAUUGGCUGUCAGUGAACUCCAGGAACUCUACGCCGACUCGAAAUAUGUCCAUUUCUUUGAGGCAUGCCGCCUGCUGCAAGACAUGAUUGACAUCUCGCUAGACGGGUUCCUACUGACACCGGUGCAGAAGAUAUGCAAGUACCCGUUGCAGCUGGCCGAAUUGCUGAAGUACACAAGGCCGGAGCAUGCUGAUUACAAUGCCGUGCGGGAAGCCCUGGCUGCAAUGAAGGGCGUCGCCCAAAUGGUCAAUGAGCGCAAGCGUCGUAUGGAGUGCCUCGAAAAGCUUGCGGAGUGGCAAAGCAGCGUUUUCAAUUGGGAGGGUCCCGACUUGCUGGACACAAGCUCAAUGUUGGUCCACUCGGGCGAAGCAGUUCGAGUGUCGUCCUUGUGGUCCAGGGAUGUGGUCAGCUUGUUUUUGUUCGACAACCUCUUGGUGUACUGCAAGAAGGACAUUAUAAAGAGAAAUACAUUGUCUUACAAGGGCAGACUGAACAUGAACUCUUGCUUUGUCGUGGACCUUGAGAAUGGCAAAGACUCCCAGUUUGGCACGACCGUGAGGAAUGCCUGGAAGGUGUACUGCACCACGAGGGAGAAGUGGUACCUGUUCUUUACGAAGACCGCUGCCGAGAAGGAAAAGUGGCUACAGGCAUUCCAAGCCGAAAGGGAGAGGGUUCGUGAGGACCGAGAGCAAGGCUAUGUUGUGACCGAGAGUGCAAAGAAGUCCGCAAAGAUGGCGCUCCACAACAAGCUCAAGCCAAAACGUCCAAGAGCAAAACUUCCGAAGGGACCACGGUCUCAGCAUCCCGAUGUUGCAGUCGUGGAGAUCCUUCUUGACCCACCUGGCCCGAAGCCCCGAACUGGCAGCUUGCCGUCAACUCUGCACACCAGCCACCACACCGUUUCAGCCAAUGGCUUGCCCAAAAAGAAGGGCUCGGGAUGGUUUCACUUUGGCAGCGGCAAGAAAGUGAAAAAGUAGAGGGCGCAUGUACAUUGAUAAGAACGCUCGUAACAUUUUUUGAAUACAAAUCGAAUAUGAAUAUUGAGUAAUGUAGAUGGGUUUAAACGCCGAUUUAGGUUGAGAAUAUUCGCAAUUGUGAAAGAUUGAAAAGUACGCCUGAACAAAAAUGGCGUUUGUCAACCCUGACUGACAAAAGUUUAUCAGUGAAGCCACACUAAACUGAACACCGUGCAAUUUGUAUCGCUAGUAACCAUUUCUUGCAAUCCUAACCCCACAAAGCUAUGAUCAUUAACCGCUCAGACAAGGUUCCACAUCUGUAACCUAGCUUAUUGUAUAUUUAUUGAAUUUUAUUUAUUAUUUUAUUUAUGACAGGUCAGGCUCUAGGCCCAAAUAGUGAGUGGAAACGCCAAACACGUUAUAAAGCUGGUAAUACACAUCGUGCAAAUAUACAUGUAACGGCCUUUCACAAUUCACGAUGGCACCGCUAUCAUACGCAAUGUGAGGGCCAAUGUACCCCAGAAAUUUGGCAGGCUUAUUAAUAAAUCUAUAGAUUAUAAAUGUUAAAUCUUUGAUACAGUUUGGAAAUUUUUAAGCUUGUAAUAUCUUUCGUACUUUAUGAAUGUUCUUGCUAUCAUGCAGUUACAAAGCUGUUAGUUCAUAUCCUUGUCUGUUACCUUAUGUUCCAUGUUAUGGGCUGUACAGUGCAAUAAGACUGCUAGAACUGACGUAUUAAAUUCCCAGUAUCUUGUUAGCAAUGCCAAAUGCUUGCACGUUACCAGUGCAGCAUACAUUGAUUUAACUUGAAUCAACAUAUAUAUGUGCAGAUGUUAACAGAUCACUGCACUCUGAUGAAAAGUCAUUCAAAACUGUGAGAGAAUAGAAUAAAAUAAAAUAGGACUUCAAAAUGUAUGUAUGGAUGACUUUAUCAACAUGGAUUGGGAGGUAGCAUUUUACAUUUUAUACUGAAAAAUAACUUGGGCGCUUCAUCUUAUGGCAGUUGCUGUGAUAGGUGACAACUGCAGUGUUAACAAACCAUAGGCACCAUUUCCAUGUUAACGUGUACAAAGAAACAACUAUUGCACAUGCUUAUAAAGUUAGCCUACAUUAGAAACAAGUGCAAGAAAUUAUUCAGUGGAUUAUACCAUUCUAUCUCGCAGAUAAUGCUAAGGGUACUCUAUGCUCAAUCAAUAUCGAUGAUGUGCCCUUAAUGAAUCGCCGCAUAAAAAAAUCUUUUAACCCCCACAUACCCAGGGUUUCAAGAAAUAUGUUGGGCUUUCGAAUUAUCAUUGCUUGUCACAGUAAAUGAGAAUACAGUUUAUGGCCAGCGAUGUUGUGGCACAUGUUGAAAGUUCAGAAUGCAGCUUCGAGCACCUUGUGAUUCGUUAUUGAUGGUGCUUUUGUUGGAUACUGUUUCUGUCGCACCAAUCCUUUUUUAUUCUGUAUAAUAGGCAGCUUACUGUCAGCAAUACUUUCUUUUACUGGCAGGCCGAACAACAGGCAGUCCACGUCUAGAUGGAAAAAGGCCGUGAGAAAUAGGAUUGCUGCGGGAAACAGCACUUUCCACUUGCAUUCCAAACCAAUACACCACUGCAUAGUGUUGCCAUGCUAGCAUAAACCACAUUCUUGACUGCAUCAUAGUGUUCAUAGUGUGUGCUUGCUGAAUGUCAGUUAAUGUUUGUUUGAUAUUCGAUUUGUAUUCAAAAUCUUGGGAGUACUUACGGCUCACCCCUGCCAAAACUGACGCCCACUUCUCCUGUCAAGCCAUCUACUAUGUGCACCAUUCCACCCAGUGCUUGCGGUGCAUUGGACACCACUGCAGCUUCUUAUUUAUAUUGCUUUUCAUUCUUGUUUUCUGAAAAGGUCGGAGUGACUUGUACCUAUACUGUAAUUUGCCUUUGUACAUGCACACUUUUGUGCUGUGGCUUAAGUCUGCGGCAUAUUUAUUAGUACGAUCAAACUAUGCAGAUCUGUUUUGCCAGCGACAGGAGUGUCUUCACUAAGAGGAAAGAGCACUUGUCGCAGUGUCCGAACCUUGCAGACGCAUGGCGUAAACCUUUUUCUCGUUUCUCGUUCUGCCGCAAAUGCAAGUGUCGAACGUUUACAGCAACUUUUGCGAUAAUCAUUUUCAACAGUUUAAUCCUGCCAAUCUGGGUAUUGCGAGUGAACUGCAAGAAGUGUGACUUGGCAGUGGCCGGUCUGCCUCGCAGAUUGCUGUCACCUUGUUGCUCUGUGACCAUUGAAAAGGACCUCUAAAAUCUAGAGGUCUACAUGAUUGGAGUAACAGUGAUAUGAAAAAAAUGUCUGCCUACACAGGAGUACUUGUAAUAGUCGGAGGACUUACAUUAGUCAAGGUGCUACCCCUUGGUAGCGUUGCGCGCAGCUUUGCUCGAUCAGUCGUUGCCGUAGAUCUUUACUGCCUGUCUGCCGUGCCCUCUGCGCUGUUCAAUCGCAGGUAUAUGACCUUGUAUACUUUGCCACGAUUGUCGCUUGGGAGGCAAUAACCCCAUCGCAGCUUUGGUGCAUAUGUAUACCAAAAGUAACAACUGUUCACUUCUUCGCGUAUGCAUUUGAGAUGUUACGAACGCUCUUUAUUAAACGGUGCUGCUGCUCACUUUGCUCCCGUCUGACCUGUUGAACUUGCCGUUUAGUGUGGAAAGACAUAACGCGACGCCCAACGUUUCGAAAAUUGAGGCCUGUCUGCGAGGCAGUGCUCAGCAUUUCAUCUCUCUGGUGUGUCUCAUCGCUUGCUUCGCACUGGCUCGCUUUGCGAGCACUCUAUGCAUUGGCCUUCCUGGUGUAAAAAUGCUAGCAGAUAUUUAGCCCCCUAGAACGAAUGAACUGUGUGUAUAACCGUAUUCACGGGCACUCGUGCUAAUAGUGAUAGAUUGUUAUGCAUGCCCCAGCUGUCAUGCCAAUUUUCCCCCAACUUCUCUCGCAUGGUGGCUCCUUCUCUUGUUGUUUAUUGAUUUUUAUGUACAUAACUGCUCGUGUGGCAAAUCUUGAAUGUUCUUGUAUAACGGCCUAGUCUAGACGAAACAGCCAAGGCAAAUGCAUCUUGUUUCAUGCAUAACAACUGUGAACACACACCACACUCAGGCUUCUUAUUUGUUUGCAUACUGAUCACAAAUGUAUUACAGAAAUAGAAAGGCAUUGUUGUUGCUGGCAUAGUGAAAGUCUGAGACAUUUUUAUGUACAGGUUACAACUCACUGACGGGUUUUCACAGACUGUGACGUUGUUGAAUCCAGGUGUUGUCUAUAGGUGGUUGUAAAGAGUUUUUCCCGCCAUAUAUGUAUAUGUCAUGUUACCUUAUCGAGACAAUGACUUUCAUUGCAUCGUGUGUGGGUUGAAGCACUCUCCCAUUCCUUUUCCUUUUUUUUUUUUUCGAGAAGCGUUGCCAACUUAGACCAAUCUCGUGGAUUGUUAACAGCGGGUCGGCACCUGUUCAGAUGUGUUCUUACCUUCUCCGAAUGGCACAAUCUCUCGUGUGUAUAACGUCUUCCAGCGAUGGGCGCCUGGGGUAGCCCCAGAACAGCUAGUCUACGGCAGGAGGGGGAACGGGACAUUGGGGCACCUGAGUCAUGACACAGCGCAGAUGUCCCUAGGCCCAAAGCCUCCAUUGUGUCAGACUGUGUGUGUGUGCGUGUGUAUAAUUUGGGCCUUUUGUAAAAUAUAUGUGCCUGUAUAUUUUAAAUGUGUACAUACUUUUAUAUGUUUCCACCAUCUUUAGGAUGUUGCAGAGUGUUUAUGCAUGGAAUAAAUAUAUGUUUACAUUUA